CCUCGGAGGCGCCUGGGGUGGGUGGGGGGUUGAGACGAGGCAGUUGCAAGAGGGCGUGAGGUAGUAAAUAACUGGAAUAACCUCAUUUGGGAGGAUCGAAUGUCAGAGCGCGCUUCGCCGGCACAAACGACGACGGGAUUAUAUCCAGUCAGGCGCCACCCUGCAAGGGAGAGCGCUGCUUUUUCUGCCACUCGGGCCGGAGGAAGAAGGCUGCCGACGCGCUGCUGGUGGCGGAGGGAGAAGAGAGAGACUAUAUAGUGUUCGUUACGGUGGUGCCCGAGAGAGGAGAGGAAAAAAGACAGCUUUCCUUAGGAAAAUAGCUUCCUCCUCCAGCCUCUUCCCAAUCUGGCUGGACCACUUGGCUGAAGCAGAGACCCUCCGAUUCAGAGAUAAAUUAUUCUUCAAGAAGGCAACUUCCACAUUGAGAGAUUGCUUCUGAGCUCUCAUGGAAGAUGAAACUCUUAGCAUAUAUUCCCUGCAAAUAUCUUUUGGGGAGAUUCUAUUUGAAUAUUUGACCCUGUAGAUCAUUCUGAAAUGUGGUGGUUUCAGCAAGGACUGAGUUUCUUGCCUUCUUCCCUGGUUAUUUGCUCGUCUGCUGCUUUUGUGUUUCCAUAUGUUGUUGGAGUACUCUUAUACCAUGUUGACCCUUUGGUACCCUAUAUCAGUGACACAGGGACAACACCUCCAGAAAGAUGCUUGUUUGGAAUACUGUUAUCCUUUGCUUCCUUCUUGGGUAUUGCCACCAUGUAUGUUCGGUACAAACAAGUCAGUGCUUUGAACCCUGAAGAACCCAAGAUGCUCAGACUCAAUAAGGCUGGCUUAGUGAUAGGAAUGGUUAGCUGUUUUGGAGUUUGCAUCAUUGCAAACUUCCAGAAAAGUGCUAUAUUUUUCAUACAUACAUUUGGAUCUUUCCUCGCAUUUGGAAUUGGAGUCAUAUAUAUUCUGGUUCAGACAAUUAUUUCCUAUAAGAUGCAACCACAAAUUCAUGGGAAGGAUAUUUUCUGGAUCAGAUUUACAAUACUGCUAUGGUGCGCAGUAAGCAUAGUGAGUAUGGCUAUUUCUUCAUUAAUUUUACUCAGCUUAAGUGGAAUAGAUUCCCUACGGAGGCUGCAUUGGAAUCCCCAGGAGAAAGGAUAUACCUUCCAUAUCAUUGCCACAGUCUCUGAAUGGUCUUUGGCUUUCACUAUUCUCAGUUUUUUCCUGACUUUCAUCCGUGACUUCCAGAAAAUCUCAUUGCAUACGGAAACAAGACUAUUUGGCCCUAAUCUUUAUCACACUCAAGAGCAGCUCCUAGAAGAUGAGCAAGGAAUACCAAUCACAGGAAGCAUAUGAAAAGAAAACAGAGAAAAUGACAUAAAUUAGAACUUCUCGGGAAAGAAAGCUUUGGUUCACAUAUAGUACUUCCAUUUUUUUAAUAUGCAAAAAUCAUGAUGUCUAUUAGUUCCACUGGCAUCAGCCCAUAUACAUGGAUAUAAGUUCAGUCCUGUGCAAAGGUUUUAGGCAGUUGUGCAAAAAUGCGGUACAUUAAGAAUGCUUUUAGAAAUAUAAAUUUAAUAGCUUAUUUUUUUUAUCAAUUAAGAAAAUGGAAAGUAAAUGAACAAAGAGAAAUCCAAAUCAAAUCAAUAUUUAGGGUGACCACCUUUUGCCUUCAAAACAGCAUCAGUUCUUACACUUGCACAAGUCAGGGAUUUUGUAGGAUUAAAGUCAGAUAUUUGAUUAACUAAUUUAUACCAACCAGAGGCUAAUGAACAUCAAUUUCAUAAGUAGGUUGAAACACAGUCACUAAUUGAAACAGAAACAGCUUAAAACUGGGUGAGACGAAGCCAAACUCUGCUAUUAAGGUGAGGUUGUGGAAGACAAUUUCAUAUCACAGGUCAUACACUAUGGCAAACCCAAGAACAGGAACAAGACAAAAGGCAAAUUAUACUGCAUCAGCAAGGCAAAGAUUGCAAAGCAGACUGGAGUUUCAAGAUAUGCUGUUCAGGCACUUCUAAAGAAGCACAAAGAAUUGGGCAAAACUGAGGAUGCAGUGGUCAGCCAAGGAAAUUUAAUUAAGCAGAUGACAGGCACAUCAUGCUCACUUCCCUUUGACACUGGAAGAUGUUUAGCAGUGCCAUCAGCCCAGAACUGGCAGAAAUAGGUGGGGCCCAGGUACAUCAAUCUACUGUCUGGAGAAGUCUGGCCAGAAGUGGUCUUCAUGGAAGAAUUGUGCCCAAAAAGCAAUAAUUCUGAUAUAGAAACAAGGCCAAGUGACUCAACUAUGCACAAAAACAUUGGAACUGGGGUGUAGAAAAAUGGCAGCAGGUACUCUGAAAUGAUGAAUCAAAAUGUGACAUUUGGCUGUAACAGGAGACAGUUUGUUCACCAAAGGGCUGGAGAGCAUACCAUAAUGAGUGUCUGCAGGCAACAGUGAAGCAUGGUGGAGAUUCCUUAUAAGUUUGGGCUACAUUUCUGCAAAUGGAAUUCAAGAUUUGGUCAGGGUCAAUGGUGUCCUCAGUGUUGAGAAAUACAGGCUGAUACUUAUAUAUCAUACCAUUCUAUCAGGGAGGUCUGUGAUUAGCCCCAAAUUUAUUCCUCAGCAGGACAAUGACCCUAAACACAGCCAAUGUCAUUAACUAUCGUCAGUAUAAACAAGAAGUCCUGGAAGUGAUAGUUUGGCCCUCGUAGAGCCCUGAUCUCAACAUCAAGUCAAGUCUGUUUGGGAUUAUAUGAAGGGACAAAAGGAUUUGAGGCAGCCAGUCACAAAACAGAAGUUCUGUGGUUCUCCAACAUGUUUGGAACAACUUGGAGGAACCUUGCCAAAUUCCUUCAGAAACUAUGUGCAAGUAUAUCUACAAGAAUUGAUGCAGUUUUGAAGGCAAAGGGUGAUCACCCCAAUGAUUUCGAUUCUUCUUCUAUUCAUUUACUUUCCAUUUUAUUAAUUGAUAAAAAAAUAAACUAUUAAUAACCUAUUUCUGAAAGCCAUUCUUAAUUUACAGCAUUUUUGCACAAUUGCUGAAAACUUUUGCACAGUACUGUACAUACGCUUAUAUAAUAUUCAAUGCAAUAUAUAAGAAUGUCAUUUUAUAUGAAAAUACUACUAUUAAUGAAGUUUUUACUGACUUUUGCCACUUAUUUAUAGAAAAAGUUUUCAAGUACCUCACAAAAUAUUGUACUAUGUAAUAUAAAAAAUGAUGAAUAUAUCUUUACAGAUUUUUAUAAAAUAAGAAUUUUGCAGAUUAAAGUUUGCUGGCAAAAGUUUUUUUUCUAUGCCUCAUAAAAUUGUUGCGAAUAUUCUCAGAAUGUGUCCCAUUGUAAGUUUUUCAGACCACAAUUGCUUUCCUAAAGAAUAUUCUCAAAAUGAACAAAUAAUCUGUGACUAGCUAGAUUAAUGAAGUUUAAUAGUGGGAUAAAUGUGGGUAGAGGUAGGAGCAUAUCUUCAGAAAAAGAAAUUCAGGGAAAAAAAGCAUGGUCUGGGUAUUUUUGCUUCUUGAAAUUCCCAAGCUUCCCCAUUUAAUUUAUAUUAAAAUAUUACUGGAAACUGGGAAUAGAGCAGUUCUAAAUUAUCUAAACUGAUCUCAAAUACUAUUAUAUACAUUAGUCUUAAUUUUAAUCCAUACAAUAAUUGACAGAAUAAACACUCAUUUGUAUUGAAUAUAUCAAAUAGUGGUGGUACAAUGAAAAUGUUUGGAAACACAAGAAGGUAUUUUAGUAGAAUCAAAACAAAUACACAUUUACUUUAUAUUGGUAGUCAUAUAAAUAUUAAAAAUAUUGGUAGCUGCCUCUGUAAAACUAAGUGACAGCCAGUAUAUAUGUUGUAUAAAUGGGCUUGGAAAGCUAGAGUCAUAUGACAUCACCAUCCUUUAAAUUGACCAAGUGAAGAAUUAGGCUACAUAUUUUAGAUAACAUAAAUAGUAACACAUGGAAUGAUUCUCACUCAACAUUAUAAGAAUAUACAAUCUGGGGUAACUUUAUAUGGACAGUUGGAUAAAAUUUGACUCGCAUUCAAUAUUUCAGUAAAUUCUCUACAUCUCAUUUCUCUUAUUUCUGGCACUUUAAGAGUAUACUUAUUCUUUACAAGAAGCAAUCCAUCCAUCCAUCCAUUCAUUCAUUCACAUUUAUAUAGUUAACCAUCUCACAAAUGACUGAGUGGCAUACAGUACUGUAAGAAACAAACCAUAAAAAAACAUUUAAAAGCAAUAAUUUUACAAAAUUAUCAAUAUUAUUAAAAAAUUAGAAAUAAGCAUCUUUGAUAUUGCAGUAUAACCAUCUGACCGAUUCUCCAUUUCCCUGAGAUCCCCAAGCCUGUUGAUGUAGCCACAUAUUGAGGGACUUGGAGAAGGUUUCCAACCAGUCUCAUUGUGGAGAGAAUAAUGUUCCACGGAGAAGGUACCAUGACAAAAAAGGCCUGUCUCCUAGGUCAUGCCAAAUGUAACUCCUUAACAGAUGGACCUGCAGUAUACAUAUGCCAGAUUUCAUGGCAUGGGCAGAUGUAAUUGUGAAGAAGCAAUCCCUCAACCUGCUGAAGCAUAAAGAUUUUAAAGGUCAAAACCAGCAUCUCGGAUUUGGAAGCAAAUUGGCAACCAAUGCAGCUUACAGAGCAGAGAUGUAGCUUCUAGGAGCACACCUAAGUGGCUACACCAAACAUGUUUUCCACCAGAUGAAGUUUCUGAAUAGUCUUCAGGGGCAGCCUAUAUAAAGUGCAUUAUCAUAGUACACCUGGAAGAUGAGUAGGGCAUGAGUGACCAUGACCAGAGCCUCCCUAAUCCAGUGACGGGCAUAACUGGCACACACCAUGAAGCUGUACAAAGGCCGUCCUAGUCACAAUUGGUACC